AAAAUGGGAAGAUAUUCAACAACAUGUAGUUUUGAAACUCGCAACAGAAAAGAAAAAGAGUUGCAUACAUCACAUCCUCUAAUUUCUCUCUCAACUACUCACCCCACGCACCACAAAUACUCACUCUCACGUUUUGCAUUCUCUCUCUUGUGAAUUCAACCUCGUAAUCUCUCUCAAGUACGAGAGUCAAGCACUAGCCUCGUGCGAGUUUCAGAUCCAUUGUGAAUCUGUGCAAUGUCAAGCUCUACAAACCCAUCACUGGUAACCAGUCUUGAUGGAGAGGAAUAUGAGGCUGAACUACUCAAAUGGAAGGAGGAUUCCUAUGGUGGUGUUAUUGUUAACUUGGAAGCAACUAUGGAUGUUGGAGCCUUUGUUUGUUCGCUGAAAGCAUCACUAUCCAAAUGGAGGCACUUGGGUAAGAAAGGAGUUUGGAUGAAAUUACUUAUUGAACAAUCACAUCUUGUUGAUGCUGCAGUUCAGGAGGGCUUUUGGUAUCACCAUGCAGAGCCAACCUAUCUAAUGCUUGUACACUGGAUUCCUAACACCGCUCAUACCUUUCCUGUCAAUGCCUCACACCGUGUUGGAAUCACUGCUUUUGUAAUGAAUGAUAAAAGAGAGGUUCUGGUAGUCCAGGAAAAGUCUGGAAAAUUCCAGGGGAGUGGCGUAUGGAAAUUUCCUACGGGUGUUGUUGAUGCGGGUGAAGAUAUUUCUGUUGGGGUCGUUAGAGAAGUGAAAGAAGAGACAGGGAUCAACACGGAGUUUGUGGAAGUUCUUGGGUUCAGGCAAGCUCAUGAGGCCUUCUUUGGGAAGUCAGAUUUGCUCUUCGUAUGCAUGUUGCACCCCUUGACACAUGAUAUUGUGAAACAAGAUGCCGAGAUCGCACACGCUCAGUGGAUGCCAAUUGAUGAGUAUGCUGCUCAACCCUAUAUCCAGUCGCAUGAAUCCUUCAGGAAGGUUGCCGAUAUCUGCAUAGCAAGGAUGGACAAGGGCUAUCGAGGCUUUUCACCAUAUAUUGCCCAACGAAGUUUCUUGUAUUUUAACAGUAGGGACUUGAGUGGGCCCUCGAGCUCAUAUUGAAAGUCCCCUUACUGAUCUCUGUUUACUUUUUAUUCUUGUUGUUUGCCAGUUGCCUUUAUCUAGGUUUCAUUGUGUUGUAUAUGCAAAAUUCAGGUGGUCGUCCCACCCUAUAAACUCUUAAUUAUAUGAUAUCUCUGUGCUUUGUCAGCA